UCAGACCUGAGCUUUCAGACAUUGAGCAUCCCCAGCCCUGCCCUCAUUCUGCCUCCCCAGCCCCACCUCUACCCCCACUUCUCCCCCCACCCCCACCCCCACAUCCACCCUCUCUUCCCCACAUCCGCCUCAUUCAACAGUGCCACCUCCUCCUGCAAAACAGUGGCCAUGGUGCACGCCGACGCCCAUCCCUUCUCCUCCACCUUCUCACGCCUCCACGCAACCCGGGACCACCACCAAGGGACAUCGGUGCCCAUCGACCUCCUGCCGGACCACAUCUUCCUGGACAUCUUCGCCCGCCUGCCCACCAACCAGCUGUGCUGCUGCGCCCGCGUCUGCCGCCGCUGGUACAACCUGGCAUGGGCCCCCCGGCUGUGGCAGAGCAUUCGGCUGACAGGCGACUUGCUCCAUGCCGACCGAGCUUUGCGGGUGCUGACGCAGCGUCUCUGCAAGGACACGCCCAACGUGUGCCUGAUGCUGGAGACGCUGGUGGCGAGCGGGUGCCGGAGGUUGACGGACCGUGGGCUGCACACAGUGGCUCAGUGCUGCCCUGAGCUGCGCUGCCUGGAGGUGGCGGGCUGCUAUAAUGUGUCAAACGAGGCGGUGUUCGAGGUGGUGUCAUGCUGCCCCAACCUGGAGCACCUAGACGUCUCAGGUAAACAUUUACAUUACAUUUGACAUUUUAAUCAUUUAGCGGGCACUCUUAUCCACGGCAACUUACAGUAAGUGCAUUCAACCACUGUAUGUUUAGUAGGAAAGAACAAACACAUAUCACAGUUAUUGCGAGCAGAACCUUCUUUGCUAUAGCCGCUAUCAGCAGAGUCAGUGCCAGGAAGAAAAUAAAAAAAGUGCGGAUGUGAGUGCAAGAAAGAAAAGUACAUGCCAUAAAUACAAAAGAACUGCGGCCCAGUGAUAUUAUGGUGACUAAGGUGCCAAUCCUCCUCUUGGAGAGGUAGCAUCCCAUACAGAAAUCAUUGAUUGCAGCAAGGCUGCCUCGUUGCAUUAAUUUCCCGGUACAGUAGUAAUGCAUUGAAAUAACUUAUGAAUUGUUAUUAAAAAGAAGUAUAACCAGAGCCUUGGGUAAAGUGGUAAAAUGUCCAAGCAAAUUCCUAAAGUAUGACCUAGUUCUCCUGUUUUUCCAGAACCAGUGCCUGGGAGUAAUGAAUCAUACUUGUAACCGUCCCUCCCACUCCCAGGAUUACCCUGGGUGUGUAGAAUGGAUGUACAGGAUAACAAGGUUAUAGAAUGUUUAAAGUCUCUUUAAAGUCUUACUCUUUCAAUAAUUCGUUCACAUAUUAUUAUGACUUACCAUGCUGAAAACCUGAAAUAAGUCAAAUGACUAAUAUACCCCCCCCCACACACACACAUAGAAAAAUACAUGUAGGCCUAUAACACAACCCUAAUUUGACUAGCACUUGUUGCAAGGUGAAAAGGGCUUCCGUCUUUGAGUUAGUAACUUGUACAGCGAUGUGUUCAACAAGGGAAAUAGUUCACGAAACGUUAGCUAACAUUAGCUUACAGUGUGAGAAGAUAGUGUGCAGCGAACGUAAGUAUCUGUUUUGGGUCUAAACUGCCACUUCAAAUAAUCAUGUGGCCAUGUAGGCUUUCUAUUAGUGGUAGUAGGAAUAGCACAGUAAUUUGUAGUUUGAAUAUUUUUGCUAAACUGCCACAGUAAUCUUUACAAAAAUUUGUUGUUUGAUGUUUCACUGUAACAUUUUGGAAUGUUCAUUCAAAUCGUUCAACUGAAAUUGUUACUUGUUGAACUCACCUCCGGUCAAUCCAGUUUACAGACCUGCGUGAAACACACACCGAAUGUCCAAAUACUAGUUUUCCUGGAAUAAUAGAACCAAUGUAAUAGUCAUUUAAGUGCAAAUCCAAAGAUAAAUCAAGUGCACCACACAUUUGACAUGUAAACCAGUAUGUAUUUGACCCAGGUGGACUGCUAAGACAGCCCAACAACCCUCUUAUGUUCUCUGUGGUAUAAACUGUCCAGAGUCAAGUGUUGUUUGCCAUGGUAUUUCUCUCUCUCUACUCUCUCACUGCAUACAGUUUCCAGAACAGUAUUUUCAAAUAGAAAGACCAUGGAAUGGGGAAUAGGGGAAUGGAAUGACUAUGGAACAGGACGCAGAAUACCUGACGUGCAUUCUAUGCAAUUAAAUUAGUGGGGCUAAGGAAAGCGGCUUUGCUCUCAGUUGAAUGUUGUGACUGUUUUGUAAGAAAUGGGUUUUGUGGUGUACUGUAUUUCAUUUGUAUUUUUGUUGUAGUUUUGAUACAAUAAAUACUGAAUACACCUAAAUACUACAUUCUCUCUCUCUCCCCCUCUCCCUCAAGGGUGCUCCAAGGUGACCUGCAUCAGUCUGACACGGGAGGUCUCCCUCAAACUCUCGCCCAUGCACGGCCAGCAGAUCUCCAUCCGCUACCUGGACAUGACCGACUGCUUCGCCCUGGAGGACGAGGGCCUGCACACCAUCGCCGCCAACUGCACCCAGCUCACCCACCUCUACCUGCGGCGCUGCGUGCGCCUUACCGACGAGGGUCUUCGCUACCUGGUCAUCUACUGCCCCGCCGUGCGCGAGCUCAGCGUCAGCGACUGUCACUACGUCAGCGACGUUGGCCUACGCGAGAUCGCCAAGCUCGAAGGCCGGUUGCGCUACUUGAGCGUGGCGCAUUGCGGAAGGAUCACCGACGUCGGGGUGCGGUAUGUCGCUAAGUACUGCUCGCGGCUGCGCUACCUGAACGCGCGGGGCUGCGAGGGCCUUACAGACCAUGGCCUGGAAUACCUGGCCAAGAGUUGCCCCAAGCUCAAGUCGCUGGACAUCGGGAAGUGCCCGCUAGUGUCGGAUGCGGGCCUGGAACUGCUGGCGCUCAAUUGCUUCAAUCUGAAGCGGCUGAGCCUCAAGUCAUGUGAGAGCAUCACAGGCCGCGGGCUGCAGGUUGUGGCGGCCAACUGCUUCGACCUGCAGCUGCUCAACGUGCAGGACUGCGACGCCCCACUGGAGGUGCUGUGCUUUGUUAAGCGCCACUGCAAGGGUUGCAUCAUUGAGCACACAAACCCUGCCUUUUUCUGA